CACCCCCAGAGGGAAAUAAUCUCCCCCACAGUGAGAGGCAACCGGAAGAGGGGGAAGGUGGAGACUUGGGGCGGAGGGAGGCGGUUCGAGUCCCAGCUGCGCAUCAGCCUUUCGGCCGUCAGAACUUUUCACCUGGCAACGAAAGUUUUCAGCUCACUCACAACUUAUUGGUGGAAGUCACGUUUUAGGGGAGACAUUUGUCGGGUUUAGUCAGCAGAGUUACCCGGAAGAGGCUCGGACCAGCGGCGGUGAGUGUGCUGCUCUUACCUGUAAUAACCGGUCUGACUCGUCUGAUUUACCUGCCGACACUUAAACAAACAGCUACGUUUACCUUCGUCCUCUGACACGUUUAAGGCUUUAUGGUCGAGAGGAAUGUCCGAAACGAGGACAGAAACGGUUUAGGUGAUUUGAUGCAGGUCCAUAAUUUAAAUAAGUGGAGGGAAAAGCUGAUGGAGAAACAUUUCUGGGUCGGUUUCAGUGGAAAGUUGAAGCAGGUUUGCUUGUGAGCGACCACAGAGGUUUAACAUGGACUGGGACACUGAGGCGGCCCCGAAUGACUUUCUGCUGCUGCAUGCUGGGAAAUGAUCUGUGAUCAUCAUGGAACCUGAGUAGCCAGUGGGAACCGGAAGUAACUGGUGCUUUAGCAGGAGUUUAGGUGAAGUUUAAAGGAGAAACACAUGGAUGUUAGGAGGAAAACUCCCAGUGAUGCUGCCCGCCCCCGUCUGCUCGCGUUCUGCUCCAAAUAGACCACUGAUUGUUCCGGUUAAUAUGUUGCCCGUGCACCGUUGCAUCAGCCUGCUGAGCUCCCGCCACAACACCCCUGAAGAGGACGAUGAGACUAUGAGCUCAGAGAAGCGAGAAGCCAGCCACAUGGUGGACGCCACCACUAACCUCCAUGGCCACCCACGACUCUUAGACCACGGCUCCGUGUUUAGCAGACAGAGGUGGAGCAGCAGGCAGGAAGACUUGCGCCACCCAAACAUCUCUAGCUUCGGCUCAUCCCAACCCCCUCACAGCCUGCCAGCCGGAUUCACCCAGCCGACUCCGUUCCCGAGCCAGGUCAGCUGGCUCCACUCGAGCCUUAACAGCAGCUGGUCGGGUUAUCCCAACAGCCUGCCGUCCUGUCUAAGCCAGAAACAUUACCCUAACUGUUGUGAGGACAGAUGCAAGUCGCUCUCCCUCCCUGGUCAGCGCUGCAGUAACACCUUCAGCUUGGAGCAGCCACUGUCUCUGCACUCCAACCCUCCGUCGGCAGAGCUGUACCACCAUACGCUGUCUCCGUACUCCGGUCCGCCAGCAGGACCUGCAUGUUGUGCCCAGUGUCCUGCUGAAGCCUUCAGUAGGAGGCCUAUAGUUGACAGACACGCAUGGCCUCCGUGCAGCCAGUACUAUCCAGGAGACUACAGACUUCCUGGAGCAGGAUUCACACAACUCGGCCCCAACAUCCCGGUCAAAGAGAGACGCCCGGCUUACAGCACGCCACUUUCUCUGGAGCAGAGGAGGGUCUUUGUCACGUACGAAGCAGACAAUGACAAGCACGUCAAUGAGAUCAUCAACUUUGUGGCUCUGCUGCGACACAACGGCUUUGAUACUCACAUUGACAUUUUUGAGCAGCAGUUCAGGAGUAUAAGCAAGAUUGACUUCAUGGAGCGGUAUCUCAGCGAGAAAGAAUAUCUGAUCAUCAUCAUCAUCAGUCCCAAGUACUUUGAGACGGUGACGGCCCCCCCGUUUGACCUGGAGAAUGACGAGAGGACCUUCAACACGGUCUACAUACACAAACAGCUUCAGAACGAAUUCAUCCAGAAUGGAAGCAAGAAUUUCCGGUUCAUUCCCGUUUUGUUUCCUGGGGCUAAAAAAUGUCACGUUCCUAACUGGCUUCAAAACACUCACAUCUUUGCUUGGCCGCGCGAUCGAGAUGAUAUUCUACGACGUCUGAUGAGGGUGGAGAAGUAUCAUCCACCUCCUAUUGGAGAUCUUCCAACCAUCGUUUCCGUCCCCAUAUAGAAGCAAACUGACCUGAGGACAGCCGGGACUGAUGUCUGAAGGGGGCGUCCUGCAGAGCGGAGGUGGACAGAGGAAUGUGUUCACACCUUAAAGCCCGUCGCAUGUUUUCCUUCCAACUCGUUAUGUGACACGUGGACACGGAGAACCAACGUGACACGUGGACACGGAGAACCAACGUGACACGUGGACACGGAGAACCAACGUGACACGUGGACACGGAGAACCAACGUGUCACAAAGGGACGUGUAGCUUUUCUUUUAUCUCCUUGCUUCAUGUCCAGCCCUUCCUAUGUUUACUGGUGCUUUUACAUCUGAAAAUGGUUUAGAAAAUGUUGUUCUUCAACACAUCGUCAUACCUGAGAUGUUUCAUAAUCUACUGGGACUUUGAUGAGUUUAGAUCUCCUCUCAGUGCUAUCGUGUUUUAAGUUGACGUGUUUGGUUUAUACGGAACAGCUUUUAAAGAGAAUCCAAGUUUAUAUUUGCAUUGGUUCACUUAAUUUAUGCAACGUGUUUUUCUUUUUUAUACUGAAUAAAAGCACAAAUGUUCUGGA